UCACGGGGAGCCGAGCAAUUUGAAUGCAGAGGUGAAGCCGUUUGCGUCGUUCGCUGUGGCGAAGCUAUUCCCCGUGGUAGAUUCCCGCCCCUGCAAAGAAGGAAAGAAAGAAAGAGAACUAAGUAUGUUGGUUGCACUUUGGCUGCACUUUUCGUUCGGACAGCACCUACCUUGAGUUCACAGUCGUUCGCCCCAUCAAAGGUGUAGGCAACGCACGUGUUGUCAUCCUGGCACGCCUCUCGGCAGUCAAACUCAUUGGCGACCGUGAUAGUGUUGAAGGUGCCACCGUUGAACUGCACAUCUGUUGGGGCACAGCAAUAAAGGAAGGGACCGACCAUGUGAGCAAUGCAAUUGUCAUUAAUUGAGGAGUGCCAACCAGCUUCUUACUCGUGUAUCGCACGAAGAAGGUGGUGAAAGCAGGCCCGUGCUUCGGGGCUUCCUGCUUCGGGGUCUUGGCCUUGCCGCCGUCGCCGCCCUUCAGGCCCUCGGGGCCGGCCAGCGAGGACACAACCAGCAGGGCGAAAAUGAGCAGCACGCGCAUGGUUGCUGGAGAAGGCCAUCAGGCAGACAGACAAGAGUGCACACAACACACCAUGACCAGUGCCUGCCUCGCCUUCGCUUCUCACCUUGGCUGGCGACGGGUGAGUGAGACGAGGAGAGAGAAGCAGAAGAAACAAAUCCGGAGGACCUUUGACAGACAAGCAAGGAGGGGGCGGGAAGUGGUGUGGUGCACGUGUCGGAGCUCGGAUGCGGAGCGGUCUGACUUCCCUCCUAGAUCUUCCGUCCUCCUCCAACGCCGAGGUCAGUUAGAUCUGCAGUUGAGAGUUGCGGUUGCCAAUGGGGCUUUUGUUAAACGGAAAAUGGACACGAGCUCGACCCGUGGCACCUUCUCCGCCUGAUAAACGGCUUACCUUGGCUCAAGGGACCGAGACACGCACGAGGAGUCUUUCGGCGGCAGCGGCAGCAGGAGCAUCUUUUCCGAUGGGUUCUGACGUGAUGAUCGCGACUUUGCCUCUCCCUUGCACCCCCAAGCAGCCAAAGAAACUGGGGCCAU